AUGUGCCUUUAUCCAGGAGAUAUGAGUAGUACUUCGACUCUCGAUCUUCUUAAGCAAAGUGGAUACAGAGUGAGGAGUAGGGAAGAACUUUUGUGGAAAGCUCCAGAAUUGCUGCGAGAUCCCAACGCACCUCCAGCCGGAACUCAGAAAAGCGAUAUAUAUUCUUUCGGGAUUAUUUUAUAUGAAAUUAUUGGACGAAAUGGGCCCUAUGGACAAAUCGAGAAAACUCCAUCAGAAAUAAUAAAGAGAAUAAUGAGAAGGGACCAGUCUCCUCCAUUUCGGCCUCAAGUUGCUAAGCUCGAGGAUUCUUUUGAUUGCAUUGUGGAUUGCAUGCAAGAGUGUUGGGCGGAAGAUCCCGAAACCAGACCUGACUUUAAGUCAAUUAGAACGAAACUGAGACCCAUGAGGAAAGGAAUGUAA